AUGGUGGGCGGGCAGUUUCGCCCAAGGGAGGCGGGGGGACCAGCGGCAGCGACGGGCGCUCCCGGGGCGGGAGUGAUUGCUGCAGCUGUCGCAGCGGGGGUAGUGGUCGGCGUGGGUGGUCUUAUGGCCGUCCUGUGGUGGCGGGAACGAGUCUCGAAGGCGCCAGGAACAGCAGCAGCGGUGGCGGACAGCAGUGCGGCUUGGCGUGUUGAGACCGGCGAUGGGCUGUCUCGCCCGCAAACUGACGGGCCGGGAGGGGUUGUUGCGGCCGGGAAGCGUCUGCCCGCGGGGUCGUGGCACGAAGCCGACAUGACGCCACCCCUCCCCGACGAUGUGGUAAGACUGCUGCAGGCCUCGCGGCUGUGCUUCUUGUCCACCUUCAGCGACGACCACCCUCACCUGUCGCUCAUGAACUUCACCUACCAUCACGCCGACGAGGUGAUCAUUCUGUCCACGCGACGAGACACCAAAAAGUACCAGCUGGUGCGGACGGGGCGUAACGUAGCACUCUUGGUUCACGAGUUCCCCGACGCAGGGGGCAGCUCCGGCGGUGGCGGCGGCGGCGGUAGCUGUAGCAAGGUGACCAUCACACUCAACGGGACAGCAACGAUUCAGGAAGGGGAGCAGGCAGAGCAGUACAGAGACCUACACGUCAGGAAAAACCCCGACUCAAAGACCUUCAUCGUCGGCCCCAACAUCGCCAUCAUCACCGUAAGGGUGCGCUCCGCCCGGAUCUGCAACGUUCGCGACGAGGUCACCGUGUGGAACGUCGCCGACUCCCAGCCAAGCGCGUAGCGUUGCAAGCACUGUUGUGGUUGGUUCCUUCCAGCCGUGCAGUAUUGUAGCCCCCGGGGGCGGGUGGUGAUGGUCCCCAGACCCUUCGGAGGCUGUCUGUGCCUUGCUCGACGCGCGUGCUGGUUGUCACGGCAACCAAUGUUCCGGCUGUGGUGAAAAGGGGCUUGGAUUUCAAGGCACCCAGGAUGACUUCGAGUGCUCAGACUGUAGCCAAUGGGCAGCUAGAAUUUAGUGGCACCCAGGACGGCUCUAGUCCAGCGUCGUGAUACGCAUUUGGUUGUUCUUGUUCUUGCUGUUGUGUGGGCGCUUGCUGGACGGGCACGGGAAGGACGUCAAUGCGACAGACUCGCAUGCUUCUUGCUUGUCCAGCGGCUGCUGUCGAAGCUUUGGUGCGAAUGCAAUCGCUCGCUCCCGUCCUCGUGAGGCUUGGAAGGGGAAAUCACGGGGCCCCGUGUCAGAGGCGCGGGACUAUCAUCAUCAUACGCUGGUUUAUUUCACUUGUUUUUUCCUGUGUCGCUUCUAUUUCGAACAGACUACUGGUGUGAAGAUUAAGAAGUGGCAAAUUUUGCUUUAGAACGAAGAAGACGUUUCAUGCCGCACGCGACUUGGACCGCGGGGUGGUAGCGCUUCGCCAGCCGUAAGGCCAGCGGCCACCCAAUUAGAUUCGUUCGGCUGGUCGUGCAGGCGUUCUUUCUUGGUGAGUGUCUGUGCGUGUUGUGAUUUUACACGGUGCGGUAGACGGAGAUUUUUCAUAGUGUCCAUGCUGGGAAGUCGAUAGAAUGGUGGAGCCGAUGAUCGUCGGUGUAGCUGCCCUAGGGAUGCAACUGCCCGUGGCCGUCCUAAAUAAAUAUCUUGCCGCCCAUAGAACUGGGGCGUGAAUGACGUCCUCUUUAUUGUCGGCAGUGCUUUUCUGCGUUGGUGGCCCUACUUUUAUUUUUUUUGCUGUAGGCGGUGGUUUGGUCAAUCCCACGUUUGGUAGUAUGCCGCGCCCGAGAAAAACUGCCCCCUUGCAGGCUUUAGGACAGGUUGGUAUUGCAGGAUGCUGCAGGGAGAGCGGACGGCGCGUUGCGGAAAGCGCGCUAGACUAGAAUCAACGUUAUCGUUUUGUUGCGCGCCAGAAAUAGCGUCGGUAUGAGGUGUUGGACGGAAAGUUGUAAGCAAUUUAACAACAAAA